AUGCGUUAUAUACUUGCGUUAGGUUGCCAAGAAUUUCAUACCGGUAAUAACUUUGGAUACGGCGUGUUUAGCGUUUUUGGAGGCUUGUGGACGUGUUUCGGCCUAAUAGUUUUGAGCGAGCAUAUGGGGUGGUACCAUCCUGUCAAAGAAGAUAUGGGCUGGGUGAUGGUUGUGUUCAGCGUUUACACUGGAAUAUGGAUCUUCCCUACGCUUUAUAUGGACGCCGCGCUGUUUGCGAUGUUUACUGUGCUCUUCAUCGCUUUCAUCUUUACUGACAUCGGGCAUUUUUUCGAACCUGUAUCCAGAUAUUUCGAAUUUACAGCAGCAACACUUUUCAUGAUUGGCGGAUUCAUCGCCUGGUACAUUAUGGCUCAUUUCAUCUACCUGGAUAUAUUCAAAAGCGAUCUGGUUCCUCUUGGCAGGGCGCCUAUACUUUUCUUCCGUCAACGCCAGUAUGCAAAAGCUGAACAAUCUGUUCCGUAG